AUACAAGAAAGUAAAACUGUUGUGAUAUUGGGACUGUAUGAUGUAUUUAUUCGUCGCAUAAUUUUAUUCGAUCAACGAUUUUUGUCGUUUGAAAUAAUCAACUAUGACAUCACCAAUAGUCACGUCGGUGCUAUUACUCUCACUUUCCAUAGUCACGACUGGAAGGAGACAAGAUAGAAUUUGUUUCCAAUUAGACAGUGUGGAUGUGGAAGACCGAUAUGGCGAAAAUCGUGUUGAAACCAUUCGAGGCGAAAGAGGCCCAAAAGGAGAUAGGGGGAUUACCGGAUCUAAAGGAUCGCGAGGAGAAGUUGAUUAUGAUGAACUUGAAGCCUUGAUUAAUGAAAAAGUAGAGAAAGCAAUGGAAAAGCAACGAGCGGAAAUAAACAAAACAGUAAAUAUAUUGAUGGGAAGAAUAGAGGCAUUAGAAGGACAAGAAAGCACAAACACUCUUGCAGAUGCAACAACUGCUUCAUCCGUUCCACCGACUCUCUCUCCGCCUCCUGGGUUCACUGAACAAGAUAUUGUGCGCUAUGACGGGAAAAUAUUCAUACCGUUGGCAUCUGAAAAGGUUAGUAAACCAUCAGCAAUCGCUAAAUGUCAAACACUUGGUGGAGAGUUGGCGAAUAUAUACAACCAGAAUCCUAUGGACAAGAUAAUGACAUUCAUUCGCGACAACAAGUUAGACGGGGAAUCAUAUAAAAGAUUCCAUCUCGGCAUGACAUACGACCCUAUUGAUCAGAUUAUUAGUUUACGCAACGGAACUGAGAUAUCGCAAAGUGGUUUUAAAUGGACCAGACCGUACCCAUACAAUGGGCAGAGGUAUUCUGAUUGGACAAACAUGUUUAUCGAGAUUAACAAAGAUUCAACAAGCCCAUAUCAAUACAUUGGCAACCACCCAUAUCUUAACAGCUACGUAUUGUGUGAAAUUUAAACUUUCUUCCAACUGUUAUAGCAAACUAUCACAUAAAAAAAAUAAAAAAGAUAGAGAAAAGUUUUCCGUGUAAUUAAUGAUAUCAAUAUAAAAUAGUUUUAAAACAUGACGAAAGGAACUGGAGCAAAAACUCCUGUCAAAUCGAAAAAAUGAAAAGUUACGAUUUCAGUUUGUAUAUUUGGGGUGUAAUAUGAAAUUUCUUUCGUAAAUUUUUACUGAACAAGCUAUUCACUUUGAUUAGUUAUAUUAUUUAUUAUAUGUGUUCAACAAAUGAUUAAUUUCACAGUUUCACCUAUGUUGCCCUAUAUGUUAUAACUAGCGUUGAAUUACUUUCUUCGUUUGUUUAUUCAAAUAGUCAUGACACAUCCAAUUACUUUAAGUAAUUUUGAAAAGUAAAAAAAUCACCAAAUGUUGAUUAUUUUUUUAAUUGGAGUUAACUUUCAAGUUCCGUAAUUGUUUUGUCACAGUAUAUUCAGGGUAGAAAUAUGUUCUAUAAUCUUGUGCUCAUAGUAUUGGACAUAAAUAUGUUGGCGCUGCAGGGUAGUGAUCUUGAAAUUUUCCCAUACCCGCCAAGGUACAGUUAAAUUGUUUAGGAAAUGGAAAACCAUUAGAAUUUCAGUCUUUGUGGAAAGAUUACCUCUUGUAUAAUAGUGUAAAAAACGACUGAGCAAAUCGUUCGAUUUUGACAUCUUGACGUUAUGAUCAAUAUCAUUGCUCUUACAAAUUCAGAGUAAUUUUACGUUUCGUAUCAUAGCGAAUAUUCACAUGACCCGACAGCAUUCAUGGGUUCGUUUCCUACAUUUUUAUCCUUAAGAAAGUUUGCUUUGAAAUACAAAUGUUUCAUUAGUUUGCAUCUCUUUCUACCAUUAUAAAUCCGAAAUGCUCAUUCCUUUUAUUCGAAGCAAUUUCUACCCAUCCAAAUUUUGCUUCCCCCUUUAAAAUUGGGAAAAACUUGAUCCAAGUUGGGUUGUGCAGAUGUUCAGUAGUUGUAACGGCCAAAACAUUUUCAAAAUGUAA